AUGGAUCCCAAACCAGUCGCGGUUGACAGCAACUCAGCCGACCAGGCGGAGGUCAAAGAUGCCCAAGAUGGAGUCACGCAGUACGACGAGACUCUGGCACCGACGCCCGCCCAGAACCGGCGUCUGCUCAUGAAGACCGAUCUUGUGGUCCUGCCAUGCGCCGUGAUCAGCAUGACGCUAGCCUUCCUUGACAAGGCAAGCUUUGCUGCUGUCUUUGGCCUGCGACAGGACGCCAACCUCAAGGGCCAGGAGUACUCCUGGUUAGGCAGUAUCUUCUAUUUCGGCUACUUGGCUAUGGAGUUCCCCGCCCUCUGGCUGAUCACAAGGGUGCCCACCGGCAAGUACAUCGGCACCUGCCUCGUCCUCUGGGGCGCGGCCAUCUGUCUCAUGUCGGCGUGCCACAACUUUGCCGGCCUCGCGACGAUUCGCGUGCUGCUGGGCAUCUUCGAAGCCGCCCUGCUGCCGUGUAUGCUGGUCCUCAAUUCGACAUGGUACCGCCGGGAGGAGCAGCCUCUCCGCACCGCGCUGUGGCACAACACCUUUGCCGGCGUCUUUGGCGGGAUUCUUUCGUACGCCAUUGGCAACAUCAAAGGCUCGCUGUCAACGUGGAAGUACAUCUUCAUAAUCUACGGCGCUAUCACGAUCCUAACCGGGUUCGUUGUGCUCUUCGCCCUCCCGGACUCCCCACAGACGGCGUGGUUCUUCACCGAGGAGGAGAAGAAACGCGUCGUCAUCCGGCUAGCCGAGAACCAGACAGGCGUCGACACAAAAAAGAGGUUUGACUCGCGGCAAAUCAUCGAGGCCUUGAAAGACCCCAAGUGCUGGUGCGUCUGGGCUUGUGGCAUCGGCUACGCCAUCGCCAACGCGGGCAUCACCAACUUCAACCCGCUCAUCAUCGCCGGGUACGGCUUCAGCCAGACGAAGACAGUACUCAUGGCCACACCGCAGGCAGCGGUCGCCAUGGUCGCUGGUGCGGCACUUACGUCCAUUUCUCUCUUCGUACAGAACCUACGGUGUCUGUUCUGGAUCGCCUCGGCACUGAUCGGGCUUGUGGGCGCCGUCAUGGUGCACACGCUCGACGUAAGCCUGCAGCGGGACGCGUCGCUGGCUGGCGUGUACAUUAUGGGUUUCUACAACGUACCGUGGGUGUUCAUGCUGAGUCUGAACUCGUCAAAUACGGCUGGCGCCACGAAGAAGAGCUUCAUGGGUGUCACUGUCGCCGUGUGUUAUGCCGUUGGGAACAUUAUUGGCCCGCAGCUCUUCCUGUCGAGCCAGGCACCAAGAUAUCCUCUCGGAAUUGGUGCCAUGAUGUUCGCCUUCACCCUUAUGGCUGUAUCGGGGCUGGCGUAUUACCUGUUGUGUGUUGCCGAGAACAAGCGCCGCAACUCCGAGUAUGGAGUGCCUGAAGAUAUGCUCCAGGCUGGGCUUGAGCAAGAGAAGGAAGACAAGACGGACUGGGAGAACAAGGCUUUUCGUUAUACAUAUUGA